ACGAUGUCCACCGGCGAGCGUUUCGACUGCCAUUACUGCAAAGACUCCCUGCUGGGGAAGAAGUACAUAAUGAAAGAGGACACGCAAUACUGCACUAAGUGCUACGAGAACCUGUUUGCUAACUGCUGUGAGGACUGCUCUUUACCAAUUGGCUGUAACUGCAAGGACCUGUCCUAUAAGGAUCGCCACUGGCAUGAGCAGUGCUUCAAGUGUGCCAAGUGCAGCCGCUCUCUGGUGGAAAAAGCCUUUGCUGCCAAGGAUGAGCUACUGCUCUGCACUGAGUGCUACUCCCAUGAGUACUCCUCCAAGUGUACCACCUGCAAGAAAACCAUCAUGCCAGGUUCCCGCAAAAUGGAAUACAAGGGGAACAGCUGGCAUGAGACCUGCUUCCUGUGCCACCGCUGCCAGCAGCCAAUAGGAACCAAGUCCUUCAUCCCCAAAGACACUGGCUACUUCUGUGUGCCCUGCUUUGAGAAGCAGUUUGCCUACCAGUGCUGCGCUUGUAAGAAGGCCAUUACAACAGGUGGGGUGACCUACCAGGACAAACCCUGGCACCGCGACUGUUUCCUAUGCAUCAGCUGUAAGAAGCAGCUGUCAGGUCAGCGCUUCACCUCGAGAGAGAACUACCCCUACUGCCUCGAAUGCUUCAGCAACCUGUAUGCAAAGAAGUGUGUGGGCUGCACCAGGCCGAUCACCAGUCUGGCCGGGGCCAAGUACAUCUCAUUUGAGGAGCGUCAGUGGCACAGCGAGUGUUUUACCUGCACGCAGUGCUCUGUGUCGCUGGUGGGACGCGGGUUCCUCACCCAGCGCGACAACAUCCUGUGCACCGACUGCGGCAGGGAGAAGUGA